GAGUCGGGAAAGAGCUCAGGGAGUGAGUGGCGUCAGCACAGCAGCGGCUCCGGCACAGGGUGGAAGAAGCGAUUGGGAAAAGGACUGGGCUGUGUUUUGUCGUUCAGGUUUCGGGAAUACUCAAAAUUUUCUCCCAGAAGAUAUGAGACGAGUUGUACGGCAGAGCAAAUUCCGUCACGUCUUCGGCCAGGCGUUGAAGAAUGACCAAUGCUACGAUGAUAUCCGGGUUUCAAGGGUCACAUGGGACAGCUCCUUCUGUGCGGUCAACCCCAAAUUUGUUGCCAUAAUUAUUGAGGCCAGUGGUGGUGGAGCUUUCCUUGUUCUCCCUCUUCACAAGACGGGACGCAUUGACAAGUCCUACCCCACAGUGUGUGGUCACACAGGUCCAGUGUUAGACAUUGACUGGUGCCCCCACAAUGAUCAGGUCAUCGCCAGUGGCUCUGAGGAUUCCACAGUGAUGGUGUGGCAAAUUCCUGAGAAUGGCCUUGUCUCCUCCUUGUCUGAGCCAGUGGUGGUACUAGAGGGCCACUCCAAGCGUGUUGGCAUCAUCACAUGGCAUCCAACAGCACGCAACAUCCUGCUUAGUGCAGGCUGUGACAACCAGAUCAUCAUCUGGAACGUGGGCACAGGUGAAGCCAUCAUCACCCUAGACGACAUGCACCCCGAUGUUAUUUACAGCGUGUGCUGGAACCGCAAUGGAAGCCUUAUCUGCACUUCCUGCAAGGACAAGUCCAUCCGUGUCAUCGAUCCCCGCAAGGAGAUGAUUGUAGCUGAGAAGGAGAAGCCACAUGAGGGCGCUCGACCCAUGAGAGCCAUUUUCCUAUCGGAUGGCAACAUCCUCACCACAGGUUUCAGUCGCAUGAGUGAGAGACAGCUAGCCCUGUGGAACAUGCAAAACUUGGAGGAACCCAUGACUGUUAAUGAGGUGGACACCAGUAAUGGAGUGCUCUUGCCAUUCUAUGACCCAGACACCAAUGUUGUUUACCUCUGUGGGAAGGGUGACAGCAGCAUCCGUUACUUUGAAAUCACAGAUGAGGCUCCAUAUGUUCACUUCCUCAACACCUUUGUCUCCAAGGAGCCCCAGAGGGGCAUGGGCUACAUGACCAAGAGGGGCCUUGAUGUGAAUAAGUGUGAAAUUGCAAGGUUCUAUAAACUGCAUGAAAGGAAGUGUGAGCCUAUUGUGAUGACUGUACCUAGAAAGUCGGACCUGUUCCAGGACGACUUGUACCCAGACACAGCUGGCCCGGACCCUGCCUUGGAGGCUGAGGAGUGGUUUGAGGGCAAGAAUGGAGACCCCAUCCUCAUCUCCCUCAAGAAUGGCUAUGUCCCGGUCAAGAAUCGUGAAUUCAAGGUGGUAAAAAAGAACAUUUUGGACAACAAGGUGACCAAGAAAACAGAGCACUCAGACCCUGCCACCAAGGCUGCCUCUCCGACUCCAUCGAUUAAAUCUGAAGCCAAGCUGGAGGAGAUCUUGAAAGAAAUCAAAUCCCUCAAGGACCUGGUCAGCAGUCAGGAGAAGCGAAUCAUCAAACUUGAAGAGCAAAUGUCUAAAAUUGCCAUCUAAGGAACCUGUACCCAACCCACUACAAUUCAGGACGUUCCAUUGGCUGGGAGGCGGGCAGGACUGGUCACUGCCUAUCUCAAUGGCAGUGUUUGGUCCAAGUCCCACCGAGCACCAAUCCCUAGCAACAUUCCAGAUGAACCUUUUCUUAGGCAGCCCCCACCCCUCAGUUUAUUACAUGUGGAAUAAGGACAUGUGGCAAAUUUAGCAGAGAAUACUGAAUACUUUGUGUCAACAAAGGACUUCCCUUUUAUUCUGUGGCAGUCUUUUUAUUUUAUCUACUUGUAUAAAAAGGUCUUACAUAAUUACUUUAGUUUUAGAAUAAACUCUCGUGUCAACAGUUCCAAAUAACCAGGGUAUACCCAAAUAUUUUUUUAAAUAGGCAUCAGUGUUUCAUGUUACCAUAUAUCCCAAAAUUAUGUUGCCAAAUUUGAAAUUUUGUUUACACCUCCUUAACAGUAUUUCUUUCAAAAUACAAAUGAGGAUGCUCUGUCUAGUAGCCUGCUUUAUGAAAAGACGAGGAUUUCAUCAAUUAAAAUGAUUUAAAUAAAUUGAAUAAUUAUGAAUGGAAGAUUGACAUCCAGUAAUUAGAAGGAAAUAAAUUUUGAUUGAAGACAUUUAGCUGCCACAGUCCAACAUCAAACACUCAGAUACUUUAUAAAUGACAUAUUCUUGCUGUCUGUGUUGAAGCUGCACAAAUCGGUUCCUGCUUUCUGCCAUUUCUUUUUGUUCCUCUUGCUCUCACCAUUCUGACUGUGGACCCAGUUGUUCACAUAAACAUGCAUUCCUUUCUACCUUGUUUCAUUAACAUGUGCUUAUUGGAGAAAACAACUAAAGCAUUCCACAAAUCUCAGUAGCACUUUUUGGUGUAAAGGAAGAAAAAAGAUUUUGACUGUAGUGAUUUGGUUACACUGGUUGAUUGUCAUUGUGACACUUUGUGCUGACUAUGGAAGGAUCAAAUUUUUAACCUUUGAGUGGGAAAAUGUCUGUCAGCUCUUUGGUUCUGUGAGAGGUGCAGUCACCAACCUCAGUGUUUAGUAUCCAUGGGCUUGCUCGGCACACAGGCGUAGUCAAGUGUAGUUGGGAUUAUUUAUUGUCACUGUUCCUUUGCAUUAUAUGCCAUCUCACAUCUGUGUUUUCUGAAAAAACAAAAGAGGAACUGAUAUAAAAUGACACCAAGUGAUAAAACUGGAGAUUGCUACAGAAACUUAAAUGGCCUAGAUUCUGUGUGAAUGUGUCUUUGGCCUUUUGGGCACCCCUCACUGUGGGCGUUCCUGCUUUGUUUCUUAUUAUGGGUGGGUGGGUGGGGUAAAAUUGAUUCACAGUUGAACAUCCAAGGCUCGCCUCUGACUUGGACAAAUUGAAUAGUUGGGUUAUUACUUCACUGUUAAUUUUAGCCUGUUUCUUGUUCCAGCUGUUCUUGUAUCCCUCUCAGCACUUCCACUUCUUGCUGGUUUUUAAAUGGGUAUUUCUCAGAUUCCCCAGAUCAGUAUAAAAUAAGCCACCCAUGUCCAGCCUGAGCUGUUUUGUUCCGAUAGAAGUGCUAUUUUCUCGAUGCUUUAGAUUUGUUUCCCAGUGGGAAGCUGAGACGGGUAAUGGUUGAGUCUGUUGUUUGCCUUCAGUAAAUAUUACUAAAGACCUGAAAGUGCCAUAGAGGUGACCAUGGAAGUGUUUUGAGAGUAGUAGUUGUGUAGUAAAUGGGAGAUGUGAUACGUGCCCAGAUUUAAAACCACUUUGUGGUGCUAUAGUUGGUAAGAACACCGUAUUCCUAAAGUACUGCAUGUCAGCUCUGUGGAUGACAUCAUGAAAUCCUGCCAGAUAAAACCGCAAUACACCAGGCAGCAUUACCGCUCAGGGUUUGCACCCUUAACAUUUUGAUACUUUUCACUUUGGUACAGAGCAUCUUAAACACUGAUGCAACACCGAGAAGCUGUCGCCUGGGCUUUCGGCCCUUUGAGUUAUUGUGGCUUGACGAUCCAAUAUGAGCAGUGAGUUGUAGAAUAUUAGUGACAGGAAACGCUAUAGAAAUGCAGGUCUGACACAAAUUACAUUGCCCUGUCUUAUAUAUCAGACUGCUACUCUAUGGAUUCUUUCUUGGCACAACAUCUGCGUUUUGAGGAGGAGUAGUAGUGUAUAGCGAUUCAGGGACACUGUAGGUUGGAGAAAUGUGCAGCUGAGAGAUAGAUGUAUGUGUGUAAUUAAGGUCUAGAAAAAGGAGUGAAAGCUGUGUAAAUACCAUGACCAUAUUUUCUGUAUUUUUUUUUUCCCCCAUUUUGUGGUUGUGCUGAAGAGGGUGUUUGUAUGGGAGGUGGGUUUUAAACGUUUCCCCUAGCCUGUGUCCUCUGCACCUUGCCAUAAUGCAUCACGAGAAAAGCAGAACCUCUUCUACUGGGAGUCGUAUGGAUAUCAAGAAAGAAAAUCGCCUCAUGUGGGGGUCUGCUCGGCAUUUGUGUUCAUUAUUCUUGCUUCAAGUAUCAAACAUUGAUUAUAAAAAAAAUUAAUAAAGAAUUUUUAAAACAG